CGGUAGAAUAGAUUUCAAUCCUAUUUUAGGGGAUUACAUUAAUCUUAUUUAGUGCUACUUUCCCUCAAAAUAAUUGAGCAUUGAGAAGUAAACUAUUCAAUCGAUCCGAGACAAAAUUCCAGCUCUACGCUAGUGACAAAAAGUAGCGCUACUUUACGACCUGGAAACAGCUAAUGGGGAGUGUGCUAGUACUUGCUGGUGGUAUGUCAUACUUCGUAUGUGAUGUUUCCCGUAGCUUGGUUUAUUGCUACACUAUUAUCCGGCCGGGCCACCAUCUGAAUCAAACAUGGACAAACGACUCAUCCAAGUGAUGCAAAGUAAGCUGUCGGGAUCGCCGAAAUUACUGACCAAAUCGGCCGGCAGGAGCAAAUGCUGCAUUUUCCGGGUAACGCAGGGCUUCUUCACCAGCAUGGCGGAAGUGGACGAGCGGCCGUAUCGGCCUCGCGCAGUUUCAAUCGGUCCAUACCACCAUGGGAAGCCGCAACUGAAGAUGAUGCAGGAGCACAAGUGGAGGUUCUUGGAGAGAGUGGUAAAGAGGACGAUGGAGGAAAAAGGUGUGGGAUUAGAGGAGUACGUUAAAGCUGUUAGGGGAUUAGAAGAAGAGGCCAGGGAAUGCUAUUCUGAGGCUAUCGAUCUCACUGGCGAUGAGUUUGUAGAGAUGCUGGUUCUCGAUGGCUGCUUUGUGGUAGAAAUUCUUCGGGCAUUCACCCGUGUGGUUCCCUUUGAGGAGGACGAUCCAUUUCUUACUAUGCAAUGGAUACUAGUUAGUCUCCGCGACGACAUCCUCUGCCUCGAGAACCAAAUACCUUUUUUCGUGCUCCAGACAUUGUUCACUCUUACUGAAACGGGCAGUGAUAGGGUGGGCAGUUCUUUGGCCAGCACGGCCCUCAUGUUCUUCAACGCCCCAGUUGAAGUGGCAGGGCACCCGGAGGUGAUCAUGGGGCAUCUCGGGACCGAUUUCGAAGUCCUACAUCUACUUAAUUUACACCGGAGAAGUUAUUUCCCGGUGUGUCCCGACAGGCCGAGGGCACCCUCGGGAUCACGUUUGAACUGUUUCCCGAGGAGCUGCAGGCCUAAAGUAACGCGCAACAUCCAGAGCAUCUCGAAGCUGCGUCGUGCGGGCAUCAAGCUGAAGUUGAAGCAAGAUGAGAGGAGUUUCAUGCGGGUGAAUUUCGAGCGGGGAGUGAUCCGGAUGCCCCUGCUUGCCCUGGAGGACACGAUGUGCGCGUUCUUGCUGAACUGUGUGGCGUUCGAGCAGUGCCACCAGGGGGGAGACAAGCUCGUGUCAGACUACGCGUGUUUUCUGGUCUGCCUCAUAGAAAGCCAAGAGGACGUGGACAUUCUAUGUGAGGCCAAGGUGUUGCACAACCAUUUGGCGACGGCAGGUGAUGCUGCCGCCUUUGUGGGCAAGCUCAGCAUGGGGGCGGUGGCCGCUGUCGAUGAUAGCUACUUGAGGGUAGUCUGUGAUGGCGUGAACCACCGCUACGACAACAAUUUGCACAUUUAUUGGGCCGAGGUCAUGCACCAAUACUUCAGCUCCCCUUGGUCCCUCAUGUCUCUCUUGGCUGCCAUUUUUCUCCUCUUCCUCACCCUCGUCCAGACCAUUUUCACCGUUUGGGAUUUUGAAAAAGAAUCGUAGACAAACUUUAUUUCCAUUGAGCAUAAAACUCCCAAAAUGGAUGCUAGAAGUAGUUACUCCUUCCCUCCCGUUAUGAUUGUCUCAUUUUACUAUUUCGGUCCGUCCUACUAAGAAUGUUCUAUACCUUAUUUGGUAAAGUUUGUAUGGUUCUAAAUUAUUCAUACUUUAUUCUUAUAUUAUCAAUUCAAUAUCAACCACAUAAACUCACUUUUAUUAAUAAUUGUGUCAGCUUCUCUUGUCCCAAAUUUAAGGAGACCCAGG